AUGAUCCACUUUCAAGUUUCUGUUACAGCAAUACAGAGGAGGCACGGGACCAUCGUGAAAAGGGAGUUGACCAUCGAACCGGCUCUGUCUCACGCGCUGUGCGACCAGCAGGGCGAUUGGCUGUGGGCUUGGGGCGCCUUGUGUGGGUAUUGGAGCCCUGUGGAAAGAGAAAGAUGGCUCCUCUAUUGGCAGUGGCGCUACGCCAAGAGAGAGCAUGCGCAUUCCGUACAGCAGGAGCGAAGUCAUCACGACAUCAAAGGCGCGUCCACCGGGACGACGGUGGUCGAGGGCGAACAGGUAGACGCCAGCGCGGUGCUGGACGAUCUCGCCCGCGUGGACGUGGAGGGGUGGGAGGGCCACGAGCACGGCUUCGACUGGUACCUGGAGAAGGCCAGGCGAGGGAUGAUUUCCAGCAACUCGGGCUUUGCGCCGCUGCGCAUGAAUUUCUGGAGGCCGACUGAGGCCGCGGAGGAGCUCAGCUCGUGGGACAUGAUAUACAUCAUCCUGCGCAACCUGGGGCAGAUGGUAGGGCUGCCCUCCGUGGACAACGCCCCGGUGGCGAAGAUCGACAAGUAUACCGGGAGCUGGUUAACCUUCCUUCAGAAGGUCUCCAACGGGCGACUGGAGGACCUCGCCGGCGGGCCGCUGUUCCUGAUGCUGGAGAAAUAUUUCCUGGCCGAAGGUCCUGUGUACAAGCUGGCGUUCGGGCCACGGUCGUUCAUCGUGGUUUCGGACCCUGUCAUGGCGAAGCACGUUCUCAAGUCCAGUGUGGGGGACUACGACAAGGGGGUGCUUGCAACGAUCCUGCAGCCGAUCAUGGGCAAGGGGCUGAUCCCCGCAGACCCAGAGACGUGGAAGGUCCGUCGGCGAGCGAUUGUGCCGGGUUUCCACAAGGCGUGGUUGAAUCGCAUGAUGCGGCUCUUCGCCGAGUGUGCCGACACGCUGGUGGUUGAGGCCGAGGCGGCGGCUCGAACGGGGCAGGUGCUUGACAUGGAGGAGAAGUUCUGCUCCCUGUCCCUCGACAUCAUCGGGCGGGCGGUUUUCAACUAUGAGUUUGACUCCGUCAGCAAGGAGUCCCCGGUGAUCAAGGCUGUCUACCGCGUGCUGCGGGAGGCGGAGCACCGGUCGAGCUCCUUCAUCCCUUACUGGAAGCUCCCAUUCGCGAACAAGUGGAUCGCUAGCCAAGUGGAGUUCGCCCGAGACAUUGGGCUUUUGAACACGGUGUUGGACAAGCUUAUCCAGAGAGCGCUCGACACGCAGGAGACGGCUGACGUGGAGGAGCUGGAAAGGCGAGACCUCGACGCGGUCGAGGACCCGAGCCUGCUCCGCUUCCUGAUCGACAUGCGCGGCGAGGACACGACGAGCAAGCAGCUCCGCGACGACCUCAUGACGAUGCUGAUCGCCGGCCACGAGACCACUGCCGCCAUGCUCACGUGGACGCUCUUCAACCUGGCGCAGAACCCGGAAUACUUGGCGAAGAUGCACGCGGAGAUCGACGAGUGCAUGGGGCCGGACGGUAGCCACAUGCCCACCUUCGACGACCUGCCGGGCCUGCUGUACACGCGAUUGGCUCUCGUGGAGGCGCUUCGGCUCUACCCGGAGCCGCCUGUGAUCAUCCGGCGGGCCUUGAAGGAGACGGAGCUGCCGCAGGGGGGGGCUGACGGCCCCGUUAAGCUCGUGAAAGGCACGGACGUGUUCAUCUCCACGUGGAACCUUCACCGCAGCAAGGAGCUGUGGGACCGCCCGGCGGAGUACAUGCCGGAACGGUUCCUCUCGGAGUUCCGCAACGAGGGCGUUGUUGGCUGGAAGGGCUUCACCCCCAAGAUGGGGGCCGGGCUGUACCCCAGCGAGAUCGACGCCGACUUCGCCUUCUUGCCGUUUGGAGGAGGCACCCGCAAGUGCGUGGGAGACCAGUUUGCCAUGAUGGAGGCCACGGUGUCCCUGGCAAUGAUGCUCAAGAAGCUGGACUUUACGUUGGUCGGUACGCCCGAAGACGUGGGGAUGGUCACCGGCGCUACCAUCCACACCAAGAACGGCCUCAAGAUGACGGUGUCUUUGCGAGAACCGUCGUCUGCGGGGCCGGCGGUGAAUGGCCAUGCUGCCGCCGUCAACGGCCACAGUAGUACCGGCAUCAACGGUGAAGGGAUUAACGGCGUAAACGGCGCAAAGUUAGACGCGGCGGUGGCGGCUGCGAAGGCGGCGUCCAAGGCGGCGACGGACGCGGUCGGGAAUGCAAUGCCGGGGGACAGCAGUGCAAGUGUCGGCGAGGGAAAAUGCCCGAUGCACGUGACGACUGCUUCUUUAGAAGAGGGAGGGCUCCCAUAGUUUUGAAAGCUUCGCCUGGGGAGAAAUAAAGAGGGCUUCAACCGUGCCAGUCGUGGGUCGUUGCCUUGUCGUUGCCCUCGGGCGAGAGGGGUUGGUGUUGGAAUGAAAGACGUUUUCAUUGUGUGACGGACACAUCCAACAUCAGUCCACAGAUUGCCCUUGGUUGUUUGGGUAUUGCGGCGGCAGUGUGGGAGGAGGCCCAUGUUUUCGUCGCAGAGCUUCUCCUCCCUCUUCCAGACCAGGCCGCCCCCCCCGCGCUGUAUCCCCUAGGUCGUUUCGGUACAGUAUUAUCGCCGAAAUGGUAGAGAAGCGAACAGUAGGGUGUGGGGAAGCUGCGAUAGGGGGGGUGCACAGGUGCCACUGGAAGAGUCAAGUCUGAUUCGAGUAAAUUGACGGCUGCUCGGCUCAAACUUCCGUGCUCUGUUAUACCAAAGUUAGCAUAUGUGGUGAUAGCUUUGCGGAAUUGCUCGCGAGAUGCCGCAGACGGUUUGACGACACAAGUCGAUGUUAGCGCGGGUAUUGUUAUCUCUGCUAUCGAGGGGAUGGCUUUUGUCUUUAUCUCGCCUACUUUUUUCAGCGGGAUGACUUUUACCUGCAUUGAAUGACGUGUGAUGCAGCGCAGGCGGCGUUGCGGGGUUUUCGUGCACAACGGUGAGUUGUCGGUUCAUGUCUUGAGUGAUUUGAAUCCUAUGGCUGCCGCUUUGGUGCUGACGAUGGGAGGGUGGUGGUGUUUUUUUACACGGCGCAGCUGUAGGGGCGAGUAAAAACAAUCACCUCCGAGUGUCGAUUGACCAACCUUAAGGCCGGUGUUCAAUAUUGGUUCGAAGCUGUUGUCGUUCCUUGUUAUCCUUCAAGUGUUUAAUUGGCGGGAUCGAUCGAUGACCACUGCUGUUCGAGCGGAAGAAAGAAAAUGAGGUAUGUAUCUCUGUUUUGUUGCGAGCAGUAUCGAGGUGGUCUCAAUUGGUCCCGUCUUGUGUAUCAUGUCCUUAAAGCAAGUGUGUGU